AAAAUCGGUAAAAUCCGCAAUUCUUUAUCAGCAGCCACUGAACGUUUUCUGUCUGUGAUAAAUUGUUGUGUGAAUUUUGAAAACUACAACAACACAGCAUCAACAUCACAACUCCCAUAGUCAAACGAACCACCUACAUACUUUGUUAGUUUUCGUGUCAAGAAUAGCACAGUUUAUAUUAUAGAUGGGCGCAAACUUACAAAAAAACAAUGGUAACUUCAUUCAGGAACACUGUAAGUGUAAGUGUUGGAGUUUUGUAUGAGUUUAAAGCAGCGUACACAUUUAAUAUAAUAGACAUUUAUUGGUGAGUUACGUGACUAUUUUAUUUGGAUAUUAAAAUUAUGAAGUUACUUAGCUUAAAAAAAAAAAAAAUCUUUACAAUGUCAAUUAUAAGAAAUGAAAUCACCAGCUUAUUUAAAUCCAACCCGGAAAUCAAUUCAGUUUAUUUUCCGUCCCUUACAAUAUAGUAAAGCAUUUUUUAAGCAGGCCUCCAUGCCUAUACCGUUUUCCGUAUAAACAAAUUAAAUAAAAGUUUAUUGACAUUAUUGUUGGCCUAUACUAUAAUGUAAAAGAAAAUAAUUUAUCAAUAAUUAAUACCGGUAACAUUAAUUUUACACGAUGUGAUGUAGGCUACUAUUUCAUGACUUCUACUGGUUUUAUAAAUUUAAAUAUGUAGGCCUAUCAUAUCUGACAAGGGUAUUUUACAUUAAUAGAUGUAGAUCUAAAUAGAUACGGGAGUAAAAUUUAGGAAAAUGUACAAUUUUGAUAUGACGAUAUAAAUUUGAGGUUGAGGAAUGGGGAAACCCUAUUAUGACUUUGUUUGGUCGCGAUAUUUAUAAUUGUAACUGUUGAAAUCAGUUAAAAAGAAUCAGUUUUCCCAUCAAAUUUCAAAGUACGUAAGUGCUUAAUUAAUAAUUGGGUUUAGAAUUAUAUAUAUUUUAACUUAAUUUAAAAAUGAGCUAUAUAUAUAAAUAUAUAUAUAUAUAUAAAAAUAUAUAUCUAAAUAUAUAUAUAUAAUAUAUAUAAAUAUAUAUAUAUAUAUUUAUAUAUAUAUAUAAAGAUAUAUAUAUACGUCACGUGACUGACGCUGACGUCAGAUAUUUUUUUAAUAACGUUAAUGGCGGCCUUUGAUCAAAAACAGCAUUUCCCGAAAUGGUAAAAACGUUAGACAGGUAAUAAAUUCGGAUUUUGAAAUUGAACCCAACCUUGUUAUAAUUUGUAUACAACUAUUGCUUAAACUUGAUUAGCUAAAAUAAUAUUAUUAUAUAUUUUAAUAAAAGGGCGAAAUACUUAUAAGCUCAUAUCCGGAAAGCCAAUAAAAAGUAUUAUUAGGGGAGCUCACUCUUAAUAAACAAAUGAAAACUGUCCAUAUUAGGAGUUUUUUUUUUUCCUAUCUCUCUCUCUUAUUCUCUGGUCUGGUUGAUUUAUUCAAAUAACUUAUACUAGGAUUUAACAGAGUUCAGUAUUUACACCAAAUCCGGGUAUUUUGAGAAAUUGCUUCAUCGCAAGUGACUACAAAUCCACCACUCCUGGCUUCGUCACUGAUCUCUUAAGUUUAAGUCUAUUAAGUCGAAAAAGAUUUGACAUCCCCUCCCUCAAAGACAGGACGAGAAAAGUUCCGUCUAACAUUUCUCUAAAAAAGUUGUCACGAGACUGGUGCCGGCAAUUCCAGCUAACACGUAUGUAACCCUGCAGAAGCCAGAUCACUUAAUCAGAGCCAAACACUCUCACUCAAUAAACACUGACUUCACCUCUGACAACUUCAUUUCAUGACCAUGAGCAGUUACAUCCGGAACAAUGAUACAUGCUUCACUCUGUAACACAAUUCAAUAUAAACAAUCAUUCUUCCCACGAAUAAUAAUUGCUUGGAACCAACUGGACAAUGCCGCCGUGGACUCGACAUCAAACAAGAGUUUCAAGGCUGCCCUGGCACCCGCUAGGAGCGGUUAGGAUAGCUGCAUCAUUUCCUAAACCAUUGCACAUAUGCCAGUACUUGGUUGCAGCAAUGUAGUCCAUCAGAAUCAGAUUACCCGGUGGGUCCAAGUCCAAGUGUCACAAAAAAAGAGUUAACGUCUCAUUUACUAUCGGCUCUAUAGGCUACUAUACAGUAGACUAUAGUAUACUUACUAUUAUAAUAAUUUAUUUAUAAUUAAUAUAAACAAUAGGCAUAGCAGGCCUGCACAACGUACGGCCCGCCAGCACACAUUUUGCGGCCUGCGAAGACACAAAAUAUUCUUUUUUAUUAUUAUUUUCUUAAUAGUUUUCCCUCCGUCCUAUUUUCUUUUGGCCCGCACAAGGUUUUUAUAAAGUAAAAAGUAUUACGCCCUGCCUUACAUUUUAAGUUGUGCAGCUCUGGACUAUAGACAUAGGCACAGGCCUACAGUCUACAGACAAUCCUCUACUGUCCUGUCCUACACACUAUCUGUUGACCAUUAAACAAUAUUCUACAGACAGUCCUACACUUUGCCUGUCUAUACCAUACCCAUGGCUUUUUAUUUAUUGAUAUAAUAGUCACCUUCAAAAAAAUUUAAAAUGCUUACCUGUGUUCAACGGUCACUAUGAUGCUCGCUGCUUGACAGCUUUUUUUUCUCAACUUUGUACUAUUAAUAUAAAACAUGUUGCAUAUUGGAGGGACUGUUGGCAAUAGGAUGCAGUCACACCAGAAGCAAAAUAUAUAAAAGAAAUUAUCUGAAGAAAGUUAGAAUCAGAAGGUUCAAUAUAGUCACUCUUUGCUCCUUUUAAACGUGAUGUGGGGGGGGGGGUAUUAUUAUGUAGUGACUGUGAUGAAACAAAAGUUUUGUGAUGACAAUAAUAAAUAUUUAAUGUUUAAAUUUAACAUUAAAUACAAUAAUAAAUAUUUUAUAUUUAAAUUUAACCAUAAAUUUAAUAAUAAAGAUUUAAUACUGGGGAUUUAAAUUUAACAAUAAAUGCAAUAAUUAUGAUAAAGUUAGCCUGAGAAAUCAUCUGAAGGUCUGACCCUAAAAUCUCACAGGGUAGUGUGACUUUUUCUGGGGACAAGCCCUGAAUUGAAAUUAAAAAUUUAAAAUUGCAAUAGAUUUAGUAAUAUUAUAACCACUAACUACUGUUUAGUAGGGUUAUAUAUCAAUUGACUGCAUUUAAUAUUCUCAGUAAUUAGAGAAUCACCACUUUAAAACAUUUUUUUUAUUAUUGCUUUAAAAUUUUAAUUUAACUCCAAAAAAAAAAAUAAAUAAAAAUUGUAUAAGUUGAAUUAGGUGACAUGGUGUUAAUGCCUAACUAUUUUUAACAUGUUUUUUUUGUAGUUAGUUACUUCCUGGCACAAUAAAGUUUCAUCUACUGAUACUUGUAUCUGUUAAAACAGAUUGUGCUUCAUCAUAAUAAUUUUUAUAUAAUAGAACAUUUCAAACAAGCCAAAGGAGUAUGUAUAGGAGGAGAAAGGCAUGCUGUAGCUUAGCUCUAAGAGUCAACAACAUAUACCUUACAAUACAAAGGUAUAUCUUAUUCCAUGGAGGAUCUACAAGAGGCAUUAUUGCAACAUUUAUUGGCAAACGAGUUAGUGAGGCGUAGGCUUACACCUGUCACACAGGUAAGUUAGGCUACUAAUUCUCAUUGUUUCUAUUUUAGGAGUUAAAUUACCUGUCUGUUUCAUUACAAAUAAAUUUCCAUAAUUAUUAUGGUAGUUUGCACAAUUCUCUAAGUUAUUAUUAUUAAGCGUAAAAUACAAGACAAAUGAAGAUUUUUACUUUAAUUUAUUCAGUAAUAAACGGCUUAACUUGAUCAAUUAGUAAUGCAUCAGAUUUGAAGAAUAUUAAAUAUUAAAUAUUUUUUUUACUCAUGUAUGCGUCUGACUUACAAUUGUUUAAUGAUUAAUUUAUAAAUUUCAAUCACCCUAAACUAAUCAUUAAAGGUCUUCUUCUUCUUUGACUUUCCAACUUCCAGUGGAGCAUAGGAGAUUAAAAUAUUUUUUCCAAGUCUUCCUAUAUCUUGCGAUUUUCUCUAACUCUUUCCAACUUUUUUCAAUCUUUAUUACAACACCCUUGUCAAUGCCUUUUCAAAUUUGUUUUUGGGCAUUCCUCAUCCUUUUGAUAUUUGAGGGUUUUGUACCAGUGCUUGUCUUGUUAUAUUUGGUAUAAUUUUCUCAUAGUAUUACCUAUCCAUCUCGAUUCAUUACAGAUAUCACUCGCUAGGUCAGAAAGAAAUCGACCAGAGACAGGUACACUGAGGUAUUCUCAAUUAUUGCAAAUUCGCCAACAGUUACCUGAGGCUGCCCAGCGGCAGGUGGCUCAUGUUUCUAGACACCCACAGGUUGAAAACAGGUCUUUGCAGGCAGAGCCUCUGUUAAGGGAACUUUUUCGUCAGGUAUUGACGGUUAGUUGAUUUGGUUUUAAAGUUUCAAGUAAUUAGAAGAAGGGUGAAAUCUAAGCAGAGUGAUGAAGUGUAAAGAGAUGGAUGAAGUCUAAGCAGAUUCAAAUACACAAAUUAUUAGUGUGAACAAGUAGGGUAAAAUAAAUUAUUGAUAAUUCAAAUUGUGACAAAGUAAUAAUAAAACUAAGAAAAAGUAAAGAAAAUUGGCUCUUGUUUAUAAAAAUGUUCAUCAAAUUUUAGGAAGCCAGUAAUUUUAGUCUAUCCUCUGUGGAUGCCAUUUUUUAAAAAAAAGAAAAAAGCUGUGAUGUUAAAAUAAACAUAAUCUUUAUGUGGUUAAGUAGUUAAUUUAUUUGAGAUCUUCUCCUUAUAUGUUAUUUAAGAAAUACAAAAUCUUGUGAAAGCCAUGGGAUGCCUAAAAUUUUCCUAAAAAAAGUCAUCUCAAUAUCUAAGGGUUUACUCAACAAAUCUAUCUCCCCCUCAGCUGGCAAAUGAAACUUCCAGAAACAAACCAGAUGAAAACCCAGAGCCAACCAAGGAGCUAACUUUGGAGGAUUUAAAAAAUUUCAUUGGCUCCAAAAUUGCAGAUUUGGGAACCUAUGACCCCAAAAGUGUUUUGGAAUUGCUCCAGUUGUUGGGAAAAGUUCUCAUAGAGUACCCUGAAAAAAGAAAAGAAAUCACAGAUUAUCUGGCUGAGAUCGGCUAUGCAAGUAAGUCCUAACAGUGCACAUUAAUAUGACAUUUAUGAUCAAUGUUUUCAUUGCCUUGAACUUUGACAUUAAUACAUCAUCCAAAAACUUUACAUACUAUUACAUUUGAGUUGUAUUGAAAAUUCUUUUUAACAUGAACAAGGUUUUUAAAUGGUAGGAGGUUAUCUAGAAUGAAUCUGGACGAGAAAAAAAUCAUCACAAAAGGAAAUAAUAAAAAAUGGAGGCAUUAAAUUUGGUUAGGCAUCAGACACAGCCAUCAGGGAAAUAGCUUUAGUUGUUGUCAUUCAUGAGUAUGGCUGUUGAUAAACAUUACCCGUUGUGUCAGCUUUCUCAGAUCAAUUCACUUUGAUGGUGGAACAGAAAAUGAGUGGAAGCCUGCAUUAUAUUCCCAUGAAAAUGAGUGAAAGUCUUCAUUGUAUUCCCAUGAAAAUGAGUGGAAGUCUGCACGAUAUUCCUAUGAAAAUGAGUGGCAGUCUGCAUUGUAUUCCCAAGAAAAUGAGUGGAAGCCAGCAUUGUAUUCCCAUGAAAAUGAGUGAAAUUAUGCAUUGCAUUCCUAUGAAAAUGAGAAGAAUAUAACUUAAAUAUUAUGAUGGGAUAAAAUCUAAUUCAUUUUGCUGUACAGGGGGCUGAAAUUAGGGGAUGACUAUUAGAAUAAUAUAUUAUUCUGAACCUCAGGCUAUUUAGAAAAAAAGCAAUUGUUUGCACCAGUGUUUUCCAACCACCUAAAGAUUAUUUAACCUGUCUCACGCAGCCUGCAAAUUAUUUUAAGAGGUCUGGCACCACUUAAAAAAGUUACAAUGCAUUUAAAAAAGUGUACAAAAGUGUACUUAAUUUUGUGAAUCUUACAGAAUAUUUAGAACUCAAAAGUCAGCUUGUGACUUGUUGCAUAAAUAAAUAUGUCUAUAAAGAAAUAUGAAAAAGUUUCAAAUUACAUCAUAACUUAGAAGGUCAACUGUUGUAUAAAUCACUGCCCCACUCAAUCCAUGAAAUCCUCUGUAAUAUAAUCACUGCUUUACUCAACCCAUGAAAUGUCACCCCAAAACCGCUGCUUUAUUCAUUUACUGUAACCUGUGAACCCUGAAAUUCCAUGCACCCAUCAGACUUUUAUUUUAUUCCCCAGAUUUGGUAACACAACAUAUGGGGCAAAUUAGUGUUUUGAAUGUUCUUGACAGUGAAGAUGCCAGCACACUUUCUAAUUGCGCACUGUGCCUUUGUUUAAAUUUGAGUGCAUGCAGUGCAGAAUUUGCAAAGGUAAUUUACAACAACAGAGGCUUUAUUGCAUCUUUUUUUAAUUUAAGAAGCCAUCCCAGUGUGUAUUUAAUAAGUCUUGUUGCAAGAUUCAUACUUUAUGUUUUUCAAUAUUUAAAGGAAUAAUAAUAAAGAUUUUGUCAGAGUUUAGAGGGGCAUGCUCCUCUUAUUUCAGCAGAUUAUUAUUUUGAAGGCCCCUUGUGAUUUGAUGAUUCUUGACACGUUCUUGAAAAUAAAUUUUGCGAUCAAAAUUUUUUUAAUUGUCCUGCUGCUAAUUUUUGGCUCUUUUGGCUAAUGAGUUUGGAUCAUAGGCUCAUAACAAAAAAGUCAGCACAUCAUCUUUUUAAAUACUACAAAGAUUUUACAAUGCCUUAGUUUUGUUUGUGUGCUCCCAUAGCUCUGUGCUCUCAUUUCUUUCUUUCACAGUGUCUAGCUAGAGUCGGGGCAGUGGAGCUGCUCACCCAAAUAAUUAUAAAUGAAGAAUACCUUUCAAAUGGAGCAAAGCAGGUCAGUAUAUUAAUAAGUUAAGCUAAUAAAAAGAUAUUAUAGAUCUCUAACAGUCUAUAUUUUUUCUGGGCUUUUCAGUUAUUGAAAUAAAGAAAAUGGAUGAUUUUUUUUUUAUCCCCAAUGUAAGAUUUCCUCGAGUAUGAUUUUUUUAAAAUUACAAAUAUGAAAAAGUAAAUAAAUCCCUCUUUUGAGCUAAUAAAGCAAAGGUACCCGUAACUUAAUUCUGUGUGUGCAGUCGCUUGAUCUCAAACAAAAAAAUAGAGUACCUAAAAGACAGAUCACCCAACAUUCUGCUAGUGUUAUGACAACAAUCCUAAUUGUUUAAAUCUGCAUGAGAAUUAUCUGCAACCUUAUCUUUAGAUUUCUCUUAAAAAAUGGAACAAUGAUGACAUAUGUUGCACAAAGUUUGCAGCGCCAGUUGACCUACAUGUUGUCUUUCUUUUCAGGUAAUAGUCUCCCUUAUCAGGAAUUCGGUUGAUGUUCUAAACAACAUAGCAAGAUACGAACCAAACAAAACUUGCUUUCAGCAGCAAAAUACAGCAAAGGUGAUGUGUAGAACUGUUUGAUGGCGGAGACAUGCUGAUCAAUUAAUCAGUUGUAGAAUGUAAAAUUAAUAUCUUAUGAAGAAAAGACAUUUUGCUGCAUUAGAGUAACUAUGACCUUAUAAUCAGCUUUAAUCAUAAUAAAUUUUAUGCUUAAGGCUGGAGUAAAAUAUAUUUGAGAGAAUCAGAUAAAUGUAGAAAUAAAUCAGGGAGAAUAUUAUGCGUUUCUAAUUUAAUUUGUAGGGGCUAGGUUAUAUUUGAUAACGUAAUUGAAUUUAUGCACAAUAGUUCUCACCACCAAUCCCUCCCCCUUGUUUUAAGGCCCUUGAACACAUCUUAAAAUGGAACAACGGCUGCCUUGAGGUGCGUGCAAUGCUGACCCUAGCCCUUGUCAUGGAUGAUGAUCAGCUGCUGGCCCUGACAGAUGACAAUGGUGAGUCAGUUUUGUGUAUGACACAGCAGGUUGGUGAUUAUGUAAUGUAAGUAAUAACUGACGGCAUGGCUCUUGAUAAAGAAACAGCUUAAUUAACGCGACCUGGUUAAUUUUUUCUUAACAACCAAACAGUGCGCUGUUCUUAGUAAAAUUGAUAAGUUAGUGAUGGAUGAGUAAAUGAUGGUUACAUGUGGAUUUUGAGAAAGAGAGAGACAAUCAGAGCAUUGUUUUCACACACUUAUUUUAACAGACAUCAUCAAGACGAUAGUUGAUUGGUUGAACAAGGCAUGUGACAACAAGGAGGGGAGGUCACAUGAUGGGUUUUCUCCAUGUGAAAUUGCUGAGAGUCUCACAAAACUGGCUGCCAAUGAUUUCAAUAAGGCAAAGGUAGCAGCAGUAUUGUUCUCCUUUGUUUUAGGCAUGGAUUAAGUGUUUGCAUUUACAUCUUCUACAAAUUAUUAUUUGUUAAGUAUUUUUUUUAUUAUAUUUUUGUAAACAAAAAAACAUGUCAAUGUCUAUUACAUUAAAAAAAUAAUUAAUAAAAUAUUGUUAAAAUCUAAUUUAAGCCUCACACUAUUAAUGUAGGCAAUUUAAAUAUGCUUUAAAAAAUAAAUUAUAUGGACAUGAAUUGACAUUGUUUGCAGAUAAUAAUGGCAGGUGGAUUGCAGGCACUGACCAAAAUGCUUUGUCACAGUGACCCCAGUGAACAGAUUUACUCUGCUGUAUGUGUCAAGACAAUAGCCCAGGAUGUCCACCUGAGGCCCAGCAUUGUAAAAGUCACAGAGUUGCUUGUUGCUCUCUUGGAGUUAGGAAAAAGCAGCAAUGAGGAUGUUCUAAUUCAAGGGCUGUGUACUCUCCUGGUGCUAGCUGACCAGAGUUACCUUAAAAGUGGUAAGUUGAUUCUUUUAUUCAAGAAAGUAGUUAAACUUUUGUGUGUCACAGCUGAAAAAAGUAUUUUAAACAAAGUCAAAAUUUCAAAGCUCUGAGUUGUAAGUAAAUGAGUUAAAAUUAUCUUACAAAAUCUUAAUGCCUUUAUAAAUAUGUGCUGUACACUAUUAUUAUAUCAUAGAAUAAAGUAUGUGAGUUAUCCAACAUAAAGAAAAUAAUACAAGUUUCAUAUAUAUUUCUGUAGCCGUGUGGUGGCAUGGCUUACAGUUUUAAAAUACACAAACAAUGAAAUGCAGGUCUGAGGACUAUAGCUUUUUAAAUGUUAGGUACAAUCCGUUGACUGUAAAAUCUCUCACACGUCAGCAAACUCCAAGUAUCUGUUCUCACACACAAUGUCAAUGUACACACUCAGUAACACAGCUGACAACUCGAUCACAGCUCAGAAAGUACAAGGCCUGGGUUUAAAUUCCACCUGCCUUAUGUAGUCAAAAUGAUGUCCACGUCAUGAGCUGUUUACGAGUCCCCCCUAGGGACAGGCAUACCCAGCUCAGUGAUUGUGAAAAACCUGAAAAAAGGAACGCAACAUAACAACGAACGUGUCGGCAGGAAGCCUUCAGUGAAUGUGAACACACCUGGCGUAAAAAAUCGUGUCACAGGAACAUGCUUCUUUGCCCCAUAGGUCGCAUACUGCCACAUAGAUGGCACCGUGCCAGAUAUAAAAAUGUUACAUAAAUACAGUUACAAAAGUGGCACAUUGUCACAUUUAGUAUUAAAUAUUAAAAAUAUAUACAUAUAAUUCAAUAUAACAACAAAACAGUUACAAUGAUAUUUUCCCAUGGUUAAUUCUUGAACUUGACACCAACCAUCUGUUGAUUUUUAUUUUUAAUUUCAUCUCUAUUGUAUUUAGUUCUUCUGUUUUCCAAAGAAGGCUUGUUUGGUUUGAAUUGUUCGUUGUGCUCUUUGGUUGUUUGUUUCUCUCAGUCUUUCACAAACUGUGUGCUUCAUAUUUCCUGAAGAAACAUUUUCCAGUUUUGUCAAUUGAUAUAAAGUAUAUUUUCUUCACUGUAUUUGAUAGGAUGUUCCAGUUUUGUCAGUUGAUAUAAAGUAUAUUUUCUUCACUGUAUUUAAUGGAAUGUUUCAGAGCAAGAAAGGACAUCAACCCCAGCAGCCACCACAUCACCUCCAGAACCUGUUACAACACAUCAACAGCAAAGGUUGUCAUCAUCUUCCCAAAGUUUGGCCACUCCCCAACAACAAAGCACACCUCCCCGUCAAGAAGCUCCCUUUUGCUCUCCCCCACAAGAUAGAACAGACUCCCCACUGCGGUACAGUUCACCUUCAUCCCGUCCAGUUAGUAGGACAUGUCCUGAGCAAAAUCUGUCUGGUGCUGCCCUAACACCGGCUAUUUCUUCUCAACAGGCAAUCUCACCUCCCCAGCAGCUUUCUCGUCCCACUCAGUUAGUCUCAUCCAGUAACCCUCCAAGCCAACUGACAACAUUAUCUCCCAAACCAGUUACAACACAGUCUCGCAAGCUAUUUACAACACCACCUACCAACCCAUUUACAACACCACCUACCAACCCAUUUACAACACCACCUACCAACCCAUUUACAACACCACCUACCAACCUAGUUAAAAGACCAUUACCCAAGCCAGUUACAGCACCAUCUCACAACCCAGUUACAACACCUUCUACCAACCCAGUUACAGCCCAAUCUACCAACAAAGUUACAACACCACCUCCCAAACUAGUUACAACACUGUCUCCCACACAGGUUACAUCACCAUUUAUCAACCCAGUUACAGAACAAUCUACUAACUCAAUUACACCACCUUGCAACCCAGUUACAGCACCAUCUACCAACCUGGUUACAGCACCAUCUACCAACCCAAUUACAGCACCAUCUACCAACCCAGUUGCAGCACCACCUCCCAACCCAGUUACACUGGCAACCCAAGUUGACAUUCCAACUCACGGAGAACCAGCUGAUGAUCACAUGGAGCAGCUUGUAGAUCCCCAGUUUGUUGUCGACUAUCUGACAUUCAGAGGAGUUUUCUCUAGCGACGACCAAGUUGUUCAAGAGAUUCUUGGAAAUUCUAACCAGCAAGAGCAGAAGGAGGCCCUUCUGGAUCAUGUCCUCCAAAGAGAUGGAUAUGACAUAUAUUUAGAAGCCUUGGACUACAACCAAAUUUAUGUGGUUAAUUUCAAAGCCAUCAUACAAGCAUCAAUGGUGGUGAGUACAUGUAUGUGCAAUGAAAUACACGUCUGUACAAUGUAAUACUUAUCUGGGCAAUGUAAUACUUAUCUGGGCAAUGUAAUACUUAUCUGGGGAAUGUAAUACUUAUCUGGGGAAUGUAAUACUUAUCUGGGCAAUGUAAUACUUAUCUGGGCAAUGUAAUACUUAUCUGGGAAAUGUAAUACUUAUCUGGGCUAUGUAAUACUUAUCUGGGCAAUGUAAUACUUAUCUGGGCAAUGUAAUACUUAUCUGGGGAAUGUAAUACUUAUCUGGGCAAUGUAAUACUUAUCUGGGCAAUGUAAUACUUAUCUGGGCAAUGUAAUACUUAUCUGGGCAAUGUAAUAAUUGGGCUCACAACAAUUUUUGUUGACAUGGCCUCAUACAGAAUGGUCAACUCAAAGAUGGCAGAUAUACCAACAUUUCCUGGAAUCCUAUUGAGGACAUGUUAUCAAAUCUAACCUGGAAGUUAAAAGAUAAAGAGACCUACACUCCCAUGGAGGCUUAUGGAUAUCAGUACAGUCUGAUUUUGAUUCAACGUUUAUUCAGCUUUGAUUUUUGUGUAAGGAUUGGAAGCUACUUAACGUUACUUGGAUUUACAGGUAAAUGUGAUCACGAUUUUGAAUAAUUGUUAAAACAUUGUUAAGAUGACUUACCAGUUGAAAAGAGAAACAUAUUGGAGUGAGGACAGCAGUCUCCCAUGCAAUUCAUGUGCUGAUGGUGGUUAAUUAAACAGCUAAGAUGGAUCCUAGGUUAAAAUAAUAAAUUACGAUACACAUUUUGGCAUGAUAGGAUAAUUGAAACCAUUUAAGAAACUAUGCUUAUAUUUUCUUAAUGAAAGCGUCAAUGACUUAAUUUCUCUUUUAAAAUAAUUUUUAAAAAUUUGUUUAAGUGUUUACAUUUUGUUUUUAUUUAUUUAUUGGCAUAUAUUUUCCACAUAUUUCAUCAGAUUUUGUCUUUUUCUUUGGUGUAGAGCCUGCUUUGAAUGUUAUAUCGCGGAUAAAACCUGAAGAUGUUCUUAGUAGAAGCAAUUCUUUUGCCCUCCUUUCUGCUACACUCAACUCCUGCAUAGCUUACAGUGAUGUCAGCAAAGAAUUUGUCAAGGUGAUCAAAGUACCAGCAUCACAAAUUAGCUUGUGAUAAGAAAUAUGAGGAAAUGUUUUUGUUACAAUUCUAUUUACAAAAUUAAUUAUAUAGUGUGGGGAGUGUGUGGUGUAAUGCUUAGUGAGAAAAAUGCUGAUACUAUUUUGUGCUGGAAUGAUAAUGAGUUGUAAACAAAUGUUUUCACAUACAGUGUCUUGUAGAUGCUGGAUUUAUUGAGACUCUGACUGGUCACAUUACUGAUGUAUUCUUUCUAGAUAACCUAAAUGAAAAGGUAAAUAUUUUAAAUUUGUCAUAAUAAUAUAUCCAUUUUUUGGGGGAAUCCAGUUGACAAUUAAUUUAAAAAUUCAAUCAAUUUAUUAGUCAAGUUUGAUCAAAGUUUCCGGUUGGCAAGUCUGUUGUGGCUUGUCGAUUAGGAAGCGUCGCCCACCGACCCCCUCGGCGUGUGCCGGGAAACAGAACUACUGGGCACGCCUCGCGUGGGCAGACAAAGGGGCGUGCUCGGUACCUGCCGUACAUAAAACAGCUCCCUCGGGCUGCCAGUUGUGAUACUUCACAGCCGGAAAAUUACGCAGAGCCAGGGUAAGGAUCAUGAUUACAAGUUGCCGGUGACGGUUAUGAGGCCAGAGACGAGGGUGGUAACCUCUGGCCGAGGAUUCAAACAAUGCAACCCUGAGAAAGCUGUCCCUAGGCAACCGUUUCGUCCCAGCUACAGUGCGAGCUAGUUGUGUUGUGGAAAUCCACUUUGGAAUCCCUCUUAUAGGGCGUCCGACGCUUUCCCGGGAUAGGUGGGGGAAGAUAUUAGGACGAAAAUGUUCCAUCCCAACUCCAUAAGAAAGUCCAUAGUGGGCACUAUUUAAACGCAUAGUGUCGGACCGACCGGGUGCCUACUGGUUGGGGCGGGGCCCUGGUCGAGCGCCCAGGCAGGGGACUUGGGUUAGGGGCCCGGGUGGGGGCCGUCCUGACGAAGGGGCCGUCCUGACGAGGGGGCAUCCCCGACGUGCCGCUCUGCGGCCCGGUGCGUCGGGCCAGGGAGGGGUAUUUUGAGGGGGGGGGGGGCAUAAAGGGUGCAAACUCGCCCCGCUGACGCCAUUUCUUGAUGUAAUAUUAAUCAACUUUUUUUAUUUUUGACUUUAAAUAAUUUAAAUUUAAGGGGGAGGGGGGGGUUUUUUGGGGGGGGGGGGGGGCAUAAAGAGUGCAAACUCGCCCCGCUGACGCCAUUUCUUGAUGUAAUAUUAGUCAACUUUCUUUAUUUUUGACUUUAAAUAAUUUAAAUUUACCUCCCUUCUUUGAAAGAGAGUAAUGGUACAAAUAGCAAGAGAUUAAAGAAUAAAUAUUUAUUUAAUCAAAAUUAAGGGAGAUGAUGAAAUUUCUUAAAACUUGAUACAAUUCCUUUAGAAUUAUUGCCAGCAGCUAACACAUAAAUGGUAAAGUUGUGGGUCGUUACAAUGUUUGGAAAAAAUUUCAAUAAGAUUUUUUCAUAACAUGACUUAGUAAUUUCUUCUCUUCCCAGAGUGUAUUCGCCAUUAUGACAGAUUUUUUAACCCUCUUGUACAACAUUGCUUGUCAUUUAGAAACAAAGCAAUGCUUCAAGGACUACAAAACUACUGAGGUUUGUGAACUCAAUUGCCUUUAAAAUAAUACUUCACUAUAACAACUCUAAUAAGCAUUCACUUGUUUAAAAAAAACUUCAAACAUUUUUUUUAAUGGGUAGCCUAUAUAAAAAGAUUUAUGCUAUUCAUAUUAAUAUUUCUAAUAUUCACCUGAAGUGAUUUGAAGACUAAUUUUAACAUAAAUCAACACAUUCGGGGGGCAAUUCCUUUCCCUCAUAGUUGAAACUGAAAUAUAUAGAAAUUCAUUGAUUCCCCAUUCCAUCUGAAUUUACCAGCGAGCUUUUCUGUGUUUGAAAAAUUUAACUAAUACAAGCAUUGAGAUAAAACUACAUAGUUGGCAAUUAGUGUUUUAAAAAUUAAUUUAAAAAUGUCUCACAUUAUCAUUGAUGUAAUUGUUCUGGUUUAAAAUUGUUAUAUGAAUUUUUAAAAAAAAAAAAGGUUUUUACUGUUUGUCUUUUUAAUUAAUAUGUUGCACAUUCUUGUGUACAAUGCAAUCAGACAUACUAUGUACAAUGCAAUCAGAACUAGUAUAUACAAUGCAAUCAGAACUAAUAUAUGCAAUGUAAUCAGAAUAAUAUGUACAAGCAUUUCCAUUUUUUUUUUUAUAAAUGAAAGAAUCUUAAUCUUCUUAAUUUUAUUACAUUUUAAAAAAAAAAACAUUCAAUAACAAAAUAAUGAAACAAUAAAGAGAUUAACACACAUUAAAGUUUGGUUGUAUGCUUUUUGACUCCUCCUACACAUGUCAUGAUAAAAACACACUUUUCAUAUUACCAUUUAAAGAAGUAAGCAAAUUUUUUUGUCAUCACCAACUUAUUUUCAUCACAUUUUUGUUCUUCUUUAUUUAGGCCAUUAGAGACUUCCCAGUUAAAAAUGAAAAGAUUGAGAUAACAGUGAUGUUGACAUUACUGUACUCUUUAGAUGAGCAGGAGCUGGAUAAUUUGCCAGAUGUGUCUAGUAAGUGAUAAUUUGCCAGAAGUGUCCUUAAGUGAUAAUUUACAAGAUAUGUUUAGUAAGUGAUAAUUUGUAAGAUGUGUAUAGUAAGUUAUAAUUGGUAAGCAGUGUCUAGUAAGUGAUAAUUUGCCAGAUGUGUCUAGUAAGUGAUAACUUACCAGAUAUGUCUAAUAAGUGAUAAUUUGCUAGAUGUGUCUAGUAAGUGAUAAUUUGCCAAAUGUGUCUAAUAAGUGAUAAUUUGUCAGAUGUGUCUAGUAAUUGACAUGUGUCAUACAUAUUUUUCUUGCUAUUUACAGGUACUCUUAAUCUCAUUCUACAUGUCUAAAUAACAAUUUAAAAAAACUUCUAAUUCAAAUGAUUUGAAUUACGUUUUUUUUUUAAAUACUGAAAAUAUAUUUCAGAUGUUAUUGAGAAUAUAAUUAAAUAUAUGAGUGGAGCACUGGAAAAUAAAACAACGCGGAGAUACAGUGGAAUGUCUUUGUGUGAACUAACGAAAGGACUUACUGUGUUGGCCAUCAAGAGUUCAAACAGAUCCAGGGUAAAAAAAAAGAAUUUUUUUUAGGGCAACUGAAGUUUUAUAUUUGUUUUCUUUAAAGAGAAUUGGAAUUGAAUUUUAAAAAAUAAAUUUAUUAUGUAUCAUCAUAUUAUUUUUACAAUGUUUAUAUUCUAUAAAUUAUUAAAAAUAUUAUGGAUUGAACUUUUUCUGGAUCAAAUUUAUCAGAAAUUAUUUAAAUGAACUUUAAUGAAUUUUAAUAUAGCUCAGUUUAUUAAAUAUCAUGUUUCAAGUAAUAUCAAAAGACAGUGUGAUACAUUUUCUGUUGGUUUCGACAAUAGAUUGCAUCAAAAGAUGAUGCUGUAGCAGUGUUGGCUAAAAUGCUUCGACACAAUGACCCAAGGGAGCACAUCAGCUCCGCAAGGUGUCUUCAAGCCCUGGCUGUAGAGAGUACUGUACGUAAGAAACUCCUUGAAUUUCCAGACCUGGUGGAAGCUAUGGAAGAAGUACAGAAGAGUGGAAGUUUAAAUGUGAGGAAAAGUGUUCAAGAUGCGUUGGCUCUGUUGAGGGAGAGCACUGCAGGUAAGUUUAUGCUUUUUAUUUUAAGACGGUUGCAAGAUUUUGUAACUAAUGUAAAUAAUUUAGUUGUUUUUUUAAUGGAAUAUUAUAUCCAUAUGUAACAUUAAAUUUUCCAUUUUUUCCCUAUCUGUUUAAAAAAAAAACCCAACAAAAAACCCAUAAAUAUUUAAUUUUUGUAUCCUUUAUUAUCUCCACUAAAUAUGUACAGUUAUGAAACAAUUCUGAAGAAGAAGAAAUAAUUAGACAUUUUUAUUUUUAAAAAAUAAGGAUACAUAAAAAUUAGACAUUUUUUGUCAAUUUUUCAAAGACCCUUUGUUGGACAAAAUAAAUCUGGCCGCUCUUUUUUAAAACAGAAGAUGACACCGAUGAGACUCAAAUGAAGAGGGUGAGAGUAAAUGACUUGGAGCACAGUGAGGGACCAGUAUCUAUUGACGGUCAAGCUGUAAAUAUGGAUGGCCACGCCAUUGCUCUCUUACCUCAGGGCUCAAAUCAUGAACAUUUAAAUUUAACUGCACGGUAAGCUUAUUUUUAACAUUUCAAAAAUCAUAAUAAAUUUAAAUAUGUUCUUCAUAUCCUAGAUAUUUCAUGGUCCACAGUAAAAUCUGAUUUAUUUUUAUGUACAUUGUUAUGACAUUGAUUGAAAUGUAUAAAAAAUAAUAAUAUUACGUAUUCAAAAGGUUUGUGGGAACCUCUUUAUAAUGGUUUAAUGAAUAUUUUCUGACUAUUACAACCCUGCUUACAUUUUAAGUUAAUGUUUAUAUAUAAUUAACAAUAAUGAGUCAUCCACAAUUGCUUUAAUUAAAUAAUUUCAGAGGUCUUACAACUGUUGUGCAACUUGCUAGGAGUGUAAAUCAAAUGCAGAUCUCAUCCCAACCUGAAACUAAAGGAUCCCACUCAUCCGCUGUUAAGUAAGAAACUCAUCAAAGCAUUUUAAUUAUUCAACAUGCAUGUGUAUGUUUUAAAGGAAAAUUAAUUGAAAUGAUUCUGAAUAACAUAUUUCUUAUAGUGAAAAUAAAGGACUCAUUUCUGAUUUUUUUUUAAUAAUUUAAUUUAUCAGGAAAUCAGUAAUAACAUAAUAAUAAAACAUUAAUUCCACAAUAUUACAAAAUGAUUAUUAAUUUAUUUUUCUUUGUUUUUAUUUGAUCAGUAUCUUUGUUGUGAAUCAGUCACAUAGUGUGACAAAAAAUGUCACGAAGAUGGUCCAGGCAGAAGGUAGAUAUGUUUAUUAACUUUGUCUAAGUAAUCUAAUUUGUCUCUUAAUAUUUCUGUAUUAUUCCACUAUAUAUCUCUCUGCACAUCUAUAUAAUUGCAUAUAUCAUUAGAACAACUCCACUUUUUUAACAGUAAUUUGAACAAUUCAAUUGAAUCAGUUUGCUUGUGGUAAGGCACUGUACGUUUUGUAUUAUAUUGAUGGUGCAGUAUUGCACAACUUUGUUUAGUAUGUUGAUCAUUACAGGUUGUUUCCAUGUUUUAAAACACAUGUUCAUUUUAAAUGUUAUCCUAUUUAUUUACGUUUCAGCUUAAAUACUAAUGUAGCCAUAUUAGUCAUUUAAAUAAAAUCUGUUAAGAUAAACUGAUAAAGCUGAGCUGUUUUUUUAAAAAAUUAAACGUCAAGAGACAUUUUGUUUUAACAUCUCAUAUUUGUAUAGCAGUUUACAUCAUUUUGAGCAAGUUACAGUGUUAAAAACGCAUUGUUAAUGAUGUUGGAAAAAUAUUUUUAGAUAUUAAAGAUAAGUGUCAAUAUUUCAUGCGGAUAUUGCAUAUUUAUUUUUGUCCUUAGAAAAAAAAUUCACUGCACGAGGGCAGUCAGAAAAAUUGAGACCAGAAGAUGAACAAACAAUUAGAAGACAUUGGCAACUCCUGAUAGAACAAUUGGAUGCAACCCAUGUCAUCAUGGAAUUGAUUUCAUACGGAGUUUUUGAUGUAGAUGACAAAAGGGAAAUAAUGGACCAUGCAUCCCGCAAGAAAAGAACUGAAAUAAUGUUACAUAAACUGUUGAAUGCUGGACCAGGGCCAGCCUUUAAACGGUUUAUAGAUGUGUUAGACAAAGACCACGGCCACAUAGUGGACAGGUUGAGAGAGUGGGUACAUGAAAGAGGGGGGGUUUAAAGAAUAUAUUUUUACACCAGCCAGCAGCUUCAGAAAAAUCUUAAAAAGUACCUCCUAUUUCAGGGAAGGAACAGAAUGUACAAGCGAAUGUAUAUAAGGCAACUAUCUUUUGAGCCAGCAAGACAUGGACAAUGUACAUCUCCACCAAGCUUCUGUGGUGUACAGAAUCCCUGAUACAUAAUUCCUACAACAUCGUCCACAUGUUCUUACAAAAAAAAAAAAAAGGACACACCAGAUGGGCAGGACAUGUUGCCAGAAAGCUAGGCAGUAGGCUGCUUAAACAAGUUGUUAUCGGUAACAUUCCGUUUGGCCAAUGCUCAGAUGGUUGGCAAAAAAAAAAAACACUUUCAAGAUGGCCUUAAAGUGUAAAUCAUCGUCCUGAACUCAUGGCAAACACAUGCAUUAGAUUGCACAAUCUAGUGAGUUAGACUCACUGUUGGAGCACACACUUCAGAGAGCAAAUGAACCAUUCAUGCCCCAUCAUUGGAGCACAGACUUUAGAGAGCAAAAGAACAAUUUAUGCCCCACCGUUGGAGCACACACUUCAGAGAGCAAAUAUACUAUUCAUGCCCCAACGUUGUACCACAUACAUCAGAGAGCAAUGUACCAGCAUGCCCUAUCAUUGAAGCACACUUUUCAGAGAGCAUAUGAACCAUUCAUGCCACCCCAUUGGAGCACACACUUCUUAGAGCAAAUGUACCAUUUAUGCCCCAUUGUUCGAAGAAUGAACAAUUCAUGCUCCACCGUUGCAGCACACUCUUUAGAGAGAAAAUGAACCAUUCAUGCCCCACCAUAGGAGCACAUACUUCAGAGAGCAAAUGUACCAUUUAUGCCCCAUUGUUGGAGCACAUACUUCAGAGAGCAAAUGUACCAUUUAUGCCCCAUUGUUGGAGCACAUACUUCGGAGAGCAAAUGUACCAUUUAUGCCCCAUUGUUGGAACACAUACUUCGGAGAGCAAAUGUACCAUUUAUGCCGCACCAUUGGAACAAAGAACAAUUCAUGCCCCAUUGUUGGAGCGCACACUUCAGAGAGCAAAUGAACUUUUUAUGCCCCACCGUUGGAGCACACUCUUCAGAGAGCAAAUAUACCAUCAUGCCCCACCGUCAGAGCUCACACUUCAGAGAGCAAAUUAACUUUUUAUGCCCCACCGUUGGAGCACACUCUUCAGAGAGAGAAUUUACCAUUCAUGCCCCAUCGUUUGAGCACACAGUUCAGAAAGUAAAUGAACCAUUCAUGUCAAAACAAAUCACACAAAAAGGAAAAGCAGCAUUACCUUCAAUACCUUAAUAUUUCAACUUCCAAGACACUCGUGUCCCAAGUGCGGUAAGCAUUCCCGGCAAAAAUUGGACUCGGAAGCCAUCUUGGAAGUCACCAUUUUAAUAUAGACCUAGUCAUCUUCACAGGGGAAGGACAAACACCAUAAACGUUUUUUGAAUAUUUUGCAUUAUUUUAUGGACACUCCUGAGAUUUGUAUCAGUUUGAUCAAUUUGCCAAGUAACUAUGAACUUUGCCCAAGAAAUUCAUGUAGCUUGGUCUAUGUUUCCCGAUGCAUGCUGAAACAUGAAAACCCGGCACUGAAGUCUAAACAGCGUCAAAUUUAUCAUUGAAAACAAUAGUGACUGUCAUUCAUUAGUAAAUGUGCAUCAUCAGAACAUGCAUCUCAGUAGUUUUUGAACGCUGCUUUAGUUUUUUGGACUGCUUAAUUAAUAAAAAAAUAAAUCUUAUGUGAUUAUUAAUUAAUUGUAAUUUAAGAAUCUAAUUUAACUAACUCAGCUUUUGUAACAUCCUAACAAGGGGAAAAAAUGAGAAAAAAUAACAAUUUGUAAUGCCCUUUGAAGUCUACACGUGUUUAUCUGUUCAUAUGUUUGUGAUUUGUGUGCUUUUAAAGAUUACAACCAGUAAUCAUCCAAUUUGGCAAGGGAUUAAAUAUUUGAUGGCCGGUGCAAUGCCAACUAACUGGAAAAUUUAAAAAAAAUGGUGUCUUAUCAAAUGUGAGGAAAAAAAAAUACAUGUUUGUUAUUAAUAUAUAUCAAAUGUGGGGAAAAAACAUAGUUUGUUAUUAAUAUAUAUCAAAUGUAG